GGAACAUUACUUAACUCAAAUCUUUUCUGACCACUCUCCACCAAACAAAAGACGCACUGGGUACUUUACCAUUCUCCAGAAUCACAAGGCUCUGAAAGAGCACGGUCGGGGCUGGAGAUCUUUGUCUUGAGGGGUAACCACUUGUCUCCUAGCACCAAAGCAAAGGUAGAGGCAAAGUGGGAAAUACAUAAGAUAUAGAGGUGGGAUCUUGCAGCCCUGCCACUAUGGGGCUGAUAUGGCUUGCAAAGUUUAUGCUGGGAUGUACAGCACUAUGGUAUGUGGAGCAAGCCCAAGCCCAACUGGAACAAGGAGAUCUGCAAGUGGACAGGUUUGCAGGUUUUGAGGAAAGAACGGCAGCCAACAGAGUGAGGAGGCGAGGACAAGACACAUUGAGAGGACCUAAUGUUUGUGGAUCCAGAUUCCAUUCCUACUGCUGCCCUGGGUGGAAAACAUUGCCAGGAGGAAACCAAUGUAUUGUUCCUAUUUGCCGAAAUUCAUGUGGAGAUGGAUUUUGUUCAAGGCCUAACAUGUGUACCUGCUCAAAUGGGCAACUCUCUCCAAACUGCGGAGCUGGAGGAGUUGUAAAUUGCAACGUGAGGUGUAUGAAUGGAGGGAAACUGUAAUGAAGAUUCUUGUACAUGCCAGAAAGGAUAUACUGGGACUCACUGUGG